CACACGCUUCCCCGCGUCUAUCUCUCUCUCUCCCUCCUCCCACUUACACAUUUAUAUCUUCUCGACAACGACACUACCAAGAAACCCAACAAUGGAAUCCCAAAACACCCUCCUCCUUCCUCUCUCUACCCUCUUCAUCUCCCUCGCUCUCCUCACCCUCACCUCCGCCGACGACGCCGCCGUGAUGAGCAAGUUCGCCACCACCCUCUCCACUCCCCCCUCCGACUGGACCGGCACGAACCCCUGCACCUGGUCCGGCAUCAACUGCGACACCUCCAACCGCGUCACCGCCAUCAACCUCCCCUCCAAAUCCCUCUCCGGCUCUCUCCCCUCCACUCUCAACCAGCUGUCCAACCUCCAAUCCAUCUCACUCCAGCGCAACUCCCUCUCCGGCCCCUUACCCACCUUCGCAAAUCUCUCUUCCCUCCAACAAGUCUUUCUCGACGCCAACAACUUCACUUCCAUUCCCUCCGAUUUCUUCUCCGGCCUCACCAAUUUACAGACUAUGAGUCUCAGUGACAACAUAAAUCUAGAUCCGUGGACUAUUCCCUCAGAUCUCGUUCAGUCGAGUAGUUUGGGAAAUUUCUCCGCUAGCAACGCAAAUAUUGUGGGUUCGAUUCCGGAUAUUUUCAAUUCGUUUCCUAAUUUGCAGAACCUUCGACUCUCUUAUAACAAUCUUAAUGGCUCAUUACCUUCAACUUUUAGGGGUUCGGAGAUUACCAAUUUGUGGCUUAACAAUCAGGUACAUGGUUUUUCUGGGACUAUUGAUGUGUUGUCUUCGAUGACCCAGCUUUACCAAGUGUGGCUUCACGGGAAUUCCUUCACGGGUCCGAUUCCAGAUUUGUCGAAAUGCACCAAUGUCUUCGAUUUGCAGCUCCGGGACAACCAAUUCACUGGAGUUUUGCCUCCGUCGUUGAUGGGUCUUCCUAAACUUGCUAACAUUUCUUUGCAGAACAACAAAUUGCAAGGUCCUAUGCCAACGUUUCGUCCUGGAGUGACUGUUUCGCUCGGGUUAACAAAUAGCUUCUGCAAGAGCACUCCAGGGCCUUGUGAUCCACAGGUCACUGCUCUUCUUGCUGUUGCUGGGGCUCUUGGGUAUCCUUCAACUCUUGCUCAGUCUUGGCAAGGCAAUAGUGCUUGUUCUGGAUGGACUUUCAUUACCUGUGAUUCGCAGAGCAAUGUUAUAAUUGUCAAUUUUGGGAAGCAACACUUCUCGGGUUCGAUCUCACCCGCCUUUGCGAAUCUAACCUCAUUGAAGAGUUUGUAUUUGAAUGAUAACAAUCUCACGGGUUCAAUUCCUGAUGUCUUGACAACUCUGCCUCAGCUUCAGGUUCUUGAUGUGUCAAACAACAAUCUUAGUGGACCAAUACCGGUUUUUCAAUCAACUGUGAAGUUUAGUUCCCCUGGCAAUCUGUUUCUUGGGAAGAACAUUACCACUGGAAGUGGAGGAAAUGGUGGACCUUCUGGGUCUGGAUCGAAUUCGACCACACCCGGUGGAAGUCCUUCGGGGACAUCAAAUGGGUCUUCUUCUGUAUCGGCAGGUAUGAUUGCUGGUGUGGUUAUUGCUGUUGUGGUGUUUGUUGGGGUUAUGUUGUUUGUAUCUUACAAAUGCUAUGUCAAGAAACGACAUCAGAGAUUUGGGAGAGUCGAUGGUUCUGAAAAAGGGUCAGAAAUGGUUAAGUCUGCGGUAGUGAGUGUUGCGAAUGGGUACGGUGGUGUCCCGAGUGAAUUACAGAGUCAGAGCAGUGGUGAUCAUGGUGACAUGCCCAUCUUUGAAGGUGGGAAUGUUGCAAUUUCGAUCCAAGUACUUCGUCAAGUAACUGACAACUUUAGUGAAGAAAAUGUGUUAGGCAGAGGAGGAUUUGGAAUUGUUUACAAAGGGGUGUUGCAUGAUGGGACUAUAAUUGCUGUGAAGAGGAUGGAAUCUGGGGCAAUGGGUACCAAAGGAAUGAAUGAGUUUCAAGCUGAAAUUGCAGUGUUAACAAAAGUUAGGCAUAGACAUUUGGUUGCUCUUCUAGGGUACUGUAUCAAUGGCAAUGAGAGACUUUUGGUAUAUGAGUACAUGCCGCAGGGGACUUUGGCCCAGCAUUUAUUUGAGUGGCGCGAACUUGGGUACUCUCCUCUUACUUGGAAGCAGAGGGUGACAAUAGCAUUGGAUAUGGCUAGAGGGGUUGAGUAUUUACAUGGCUUAGCACAACAGAGCUUCAUUCAUAGAGAUUUAAAACCAUCUAACAUUCUUCUUGGGGAUGACAUGAGAGCCAAGGUUGCCGAUUUUGGUUUGGUAAAGAAUGCACCCGAUGGAAAGUAUUCUCUUGAGACGCGGUUGGCUGGAACAUUUGGGUAUCUUGCACCUGAGUAUGCUGCUACGGGAAGAGUGACUACAAAAGUGGAUGUGUAUGCAUUCGGCGUCGUUUUGAUGGAGAUCAUUACAGGAAGAAAGGCACUAGAUGAGACAGUGCCAGACGAGAGGGCUCAUUUAGUCACCUGGUUCCGAAGAGUCCUAAUCAACAAGGAAAACAUUCACAAGGCUAUCGACCAAACUCUUGACCCCGAUGAAGAGACUUUCGAGAGCAUUAGCAAGGUCGCUGAGCUGGCAGGUCACUGUACUGCUCGUGAGCCAUUUCAAAGACCUGAUAUGGGCCACGCUGUUAACGUGUUGGGUCCUCUUGUUGAGCAGUGGAAACCUUCUUCGCACGAAGAUGAAGAUGGCUAUGGCAUUGACCUCCACAUGAGUCUUCCACAGGCCCUUCAAAGAUGGCAAGCCGAUGAAGGUACUUCCGCAAUGUUUAAUGAUCUGUCGUACAGUCACACCCAGUCAAGCAUUCCUUCAAAGCCAACAGGAUUCGCAGACACGUUUGAUUCAAUGGACUGCAGAUGAUAGAAAAACGUAGAUUAAAAAGACGACAGCAGUGCAAGCAACCGUGUGGAGGAAAAAGAGACAGAGAAGGCAAGUUCUCGUUUUUUUGUUUUUUUUUAACAUGUAUCAUGUAUGUACACUUUUGUUUCCUUUUUUCAUUGUUUAUGUUUGGAUUCUUUGGAGCUGACAAGGAUACUUUGGUGAUGAAGUUGAGAUGAAGAACAUGGGGGGAGGGUUGUGAUGGUUGGGGAUAAAAAUUAUGGAGGGGAAAUGAACCAAGAAAGGACAAAGAAUUAAAGAUUUAAUUGUAUCAAAUUCUUUUAUUUAUUGUCAUUAAAGGUUACAUUUAUUUUCUGUCACUCCA